AUGCAUGUUAUGAAUUGUCUCUCCUUGGUCAAUGAUAAAGAAAAUGGGGCUGUUCCAGUCACGACAGGGUUGAUGAACGAGGAUACCACGACAGGAUCUCAGCUUUCUCAGCCUGCAGCACUGCCGCCCCCUCCGCCAUGUCCCCUGGCAGGGGCACCCCCAGCCCCUCCGCUCCCCCUGGGGAUGCCCCCCCCUCCACCACCCCCUCCUCCACUGCCUGGGCCAAACCUACCUGUGCCUCCUCAGCUUGUCAAUGGACAUGACAACCACAGCAAAAAAAAACGAAUGCGGAGCUUUUUCUGGAAAACUAUCCCCGAGGAACAAGUCCGCGGCAAAAACAAUAUCUGGACAAUCGCUGCAAGACCGCAGUAUCAGAUUGAUACAAAGACAAUUGAGGAACUUUUUGGGCAGCAUGAGGAAGCCAAGCCCCAGGACCUCCGAAAUCGACCUUUGAAGGCUUCAUUUAAAGAGACUAAAGAGGAGGUUUCCAUUUUGGAUGCGAAAAGAAGUAUGAACAUUGGGAUAUUUCUCAAACAAUUCAAAAAGUCUGCUGAAUCCAUCAUUGAAGAUAUAUAUCAUGGAAGAAGUGAGACCUAUUGUUCUGAACUGCUGAAUGAAUUUCUUAAAUUAUUACCAGAAGCAGAGGAGGUAAAGAAAUUAAAAGCCUUUGAUGGAGAUGUAUCAAAACUGUCUCAAGCUGAUUCCUUCAUGUAUUUACUAAUCCAGGUGCCAAACUAUGCUCUUAGGAUUGAAGCCAUGGUGUUAGAGAGGGAGUUCUCACCCUCCUGUGCUUCUCUACAGAAUGACAUGAAAAUUAUAAGACGGGCAACAAAAGAGCUAAUGACUUGCGAAGAGCUGCAUUCCAUAUUGCACUUGGUCCUUCAGGCUGGGAAUAUUAUGAAUGCGGGAGGUUAUGCUGGCAACGCUGUUGGAUUUAAGCUGUCGUCACUGCUCAAGCUGGCGGACACAAAAGCAAACAAACCUGGGAUGAGUCUGCUGCAUUUUGUUGCUCUGGAAGCCCAAAAGAAAGAUGCUGCUCUACUCAGCUUCUCAGAAAAGAUUAGGAAUGUUCAUGAUGCUGCCAGGUUAUCCAUUGAUAAUAUAGAAGCAGAGCUCCACUCACUGUCAUUGAAGGCAAGAUCUGUUAGAGACAGCAUUCGGCGAGACCCAAAACUCUUUCAGCAGAUGGAAAGCUUUCUCCAGUUUGCUGUAAGACAUCUAAAGGAGCUUGAACACCAGAAACAGGAAUUACAAAAGGAGGGAAAUGCUCUCAUUGACUUUUUCUGUGAAGACAAAGAAACUAUGAAGCUGGAUGAGUGUUUCCAGAUAUUUAGAGACUUCUGCGUAAGAUUCAACAAGGCUGUUAAGGAAAAUGGGGAACGAGAGAUACAGGAACUUCAAAGUCUGCAAAGGCGAAAGGAGCUGGAGGAGAAGCGUCGAUCUUGGGCAGCUGGAGAGCUUGGGAGCUUUGGACGGAGCAGCAGUGAGAAUGAUGUGGAAAUGUUGGCCAAAAAAGGACUUGAAGAAUUUCUUCCCUUCUUGCAGCAGAGACCGCAAAGCCCUUCGUACAGAAACACCAAUUCCAGGCGCUCUCGGCUUUCUUUGGGAAUAACUGCAGACAGGGAGUUGCAGAGUUUCCUGGAAAUCUCAAAGGAUGAGGAUCCAAACAAGUUUAACAGUCUUCCCCGUGCAAACACCCGACAAGCAAGACCAAAUGUAGCCUGGACUGAAUCCAAAGAAACAGGAGAUCCCAACUUAAAUACCUUGUACUUACACCAACAGUCUGAAACCAAAGUGAAGAGUGGUGGCCUGCUACAGGUGCCUGCAGCUCAGCCCAGUCACUUCAGUGGCUCAACUGGUCCCAGUGCCCGCUACUCACAGAGCAGCACUGACUCCAACAUGCACACUUUGAAUGUGUCCUGUGAGGACUCCACAGAUAUAAAUGCUCUGGCCCUUGCAAUUGAGGAGCGUGAGCUUGUUAAGGGACUACGUAAGUUUGAUAUCCAUGGAACAAAGCCUGCAGAAGAUGCACCUUUGAUAUAUUUAGAGGAUGCUGGUGGAACAGACGUGGAAACUCUUGAUGAUCUAAGCUUUCAUUCCCUCAGCACUGCUGAUGAUGACCUGCCUCCAUCUUGCAGGAGUUCCAGACAGGCCCAUGACAAUAAAGCCAAGACAGUGGAUUGCAAGAGUGAAGCUUCAGAGCCCAGCAGCAGCAGUGCCAUGUCUAUGGAUACAAAUGUUUCAGGAAGUAGGGAAGAUGGGCCAGUGUUCUACAUGUCAGAUACGACGACUGAUUGUUCUUUGACAUUGGACUCUGAAGAGGGAAAUGAUUUUAAAUCAGCAGGCAAUGAAAUAAGAAGUGAGGCUGACAAAGAACGCUCUUCUGGGAAUGAUGCUCAAUACAGGGCUAGAGCAUUCUUCUCAAACGUGAAUUCUGCUUCUGCCAAGGAUCUAUCUCUUCAGACUUCCGCAAAUGAUAAGGAUGAUGCCAAUAGCAAGCAUGAAGCAUCAUUUCCUAAAGAAAAGCCCAUAAAAAGUAAAGACCCAGCAGGGCCAAAGAAAAAUUCCCUAAAAGAUAGAUCUCCAAGCUCCUCAAAACCCAGUGGCACUCGCCCUAGCCACACAGCUCCUUCCAGAACUGUCAGGACUUUGAAUGCCUCCGAGAAUGAAAGUAUGAGGAAAGUGGUGCCUAUUUCUCGGUCCAACAGAGCACCGAGCAGUGUGAAAAAGCCAGAACCCAAGCCAGCUCCUCGUGAAGCUGCUCCAGUGGAAAGUCGGCUGUCUCGUCGCAGCUCUGUCCGAGGCACCACAGACACACUGCCGAGAAGUCCUUACAGGCACAGCAUGUCAGUAGAAGAACCAAAGUUACAAAGGGGUACUUUCACCUCAAGCAGUGCUCAUUUUGAGAGAGACAGAGUCGCUCUCAAGAAGCCAAGCUCGAAACCUGUUAGGAGUAACGUCAAAUCAAAGACGGAUGACAUUAAAAUUUGCCGCUCCAGUGGGAAGCCCCAGGCCCCUACAGAUGACACCAAGGUUGCCACAGUCAUUGUUCCCAAAACACCAUCCUCUGUCCCAAACUUUGCGAGGAAUACAGUGGCUUCUUCCUCAAAGCGUGCAAAAGUGGAUCUAUCCAGCUCAUCCAAACCUCCACCCAUCACAAGGUCUGUGUCCCAGAGGCUGCCUAAAGUGAAGCCAGCAGUGACCUCUGAUGACCCGAGUCCAAAGGAGAGCAGCGUGAGUACCUUAAAGAGAGCAAGUAGUGCUAGAGUGAUUGGAAGAAGCAUCCUGCAGGGAGAAGCUGUCAGCACUAAAGUAGAGCCUGCACCAAGGGAGCAGGGAGCAGCAGAAAGAGCCUCCCUCAAACUAAAAGAUGCAAACCGGACGGCAAUUGGUAAGAUACUGAAGCCCUUAUUGAAGUAA